AUGUCACAAAACACCUUCCACCAAUUCAUCAAAUUCUCCACCGACGCCUACGGCCUCGAACGCACCCUCCGCUUCCUCCAAUCCCUCACCCAGCUUUUACUUUCUUACCCCUCCCUCCCCCUGGCCCUCCUCCCCUUCCUCGGCUUCCCCGCCGAGAAAAUCCCCCGCACCCUCUCCCCUCGAAAGAAACUCACCCUCACCGAACUCAAAUCCCGGCUCUCCCUGGGGCGGCGCUACUUCCGCCUCUUCCGCUUCCUAGAGUCCUUCUCCCAAGCCUUUGAUAAAUACAUCGAGGCCUCGGCAAAGUCGAAAGCGGAAGGGAAGCCACCAUCCUCGGGCGCAGAAAAGGCCAAAGCCGGGCUGGCAGUCGGCCUCCUCCUAGGCGGCGUCGGCAUCGAGAAAUGGCUAGAGAUACUGAGCAAAUCCUUCAACGGGGUCUAUUACUGUGCUGAGACGGCCACGUUCGUUGACGAGCUCAAGGUCGACGGGCUGGGGGUCUGGGGCAGGGAGCUUGCAAGGAAGGUGAUGAAGGAAGGGAACAGGAUGUGGUUUUUUGCGUUGAUUCUGGCUGUUCUCGCCGGGGGUUGGAAGGUCGGCAGGUUGGGGGCCGAGAUUGCGCAGACGAGGAGGGAGGUGAGGCACCUUGAGAAGGAGGUGAGGAGGGAAAGAGGUGCCGCAGGGCCGACGCUGGUGAAGCCCCCUCCUCCCCAGAUGAGUAGCAGGUCGAAGGGGGGGCACGGGGGGUGGGAGGAGCAGCAGCAGCAGUGGAGGGAGCAGGAGACGAGGUUGGGGCGGGUGAGGGUUGGGGAGGAAAGGUUGGAGGAGUUACGGACAAAGUUGGACAAGUUGUUGGACACGAGGUAUAAGGCGGGGAGGCGGGCGGUGGCGGAUGUGUUGGAUAUGGCUGUGCCGGGGAAGGCGGUGGGGUGGGUACCGUUUUCGACGGGGGUGGUGUCGGCGUUGAUGUUGGCGAGUACGUGGUUGACGGGGUUGGAGGUUUGGGAGAAGUGCGGGGAGAGUGUUGCCAAGUCGGAGGCGAAGGGGGAGGCGAAGGCUAAGCCGAAGAGCGAGUGA